AGUGAUGGGUCUACAGAGAGGAAUACGCCAUUGUUGUGUUCUUCGCAGACAUUCCCAGAUACCAAGUUGCUUCCCAUAGAUUCCUUCCUCCACAUUCCACAUUGUAACAAACAUUCCACAUUAUUGCCUUUUCACAUGCAUGCUUUCCCUCUUCCUCUCUCCCUUCUUCGUUCGUCAGUAUUGGACCAAACCCUAGUGGUGAUUUCAAUUGUCAAGAAGAUGGAUUGGAUUGGCGUUUGGAACCCAGAAUUGGUCCUUGCACGACAAGUGUGAUGUGAUCUGAAAUCAAAUUAAGUUAAGCAGCACAAGAUUGGGCAGAGUUAGUGAUGAGUUCCAAUAAGCAGUCUACUGGAUUAUUAGACACUCUUGGAAUGGAGAGUGUCAGGACUAUUCUAACUCAUACAUAUCCUUACCCGCAUGAGCACUCUCGUCAUGCCAUAAUUGCUGUAGUUGUGGGUUGCCUGUUUUUUAUCUCCUCUGACAACAUGCAUACUCUGAUAGAAAAGUUGGAUAACAAUAUCAAAUGGUGGUCUAUGUAUGCCUGCCUACUUGGCUUUUUCUACUUCUUUUCAUCUCCCUUUAUAGGGAAGACUAUCAAGCCAAGCUAUUCAAAUUUUAGUAGAUGGUACAUAGCAUGGAUAUUAGUAGCAGCCCUCUACCAUCUUCCAAGUUUUCAGUCAAUGGGAGUGGAUAUGAGGAUGAAUUUGUCUUUGUUUCUGACAAUAUAUAUCUCUUCCAUUCUUUUUCUUCUUGUCUUCCAUAUUAUAUUUCUUGGCCUGUGGUAUGUUGGUCUUGUUUCCUGUGUGGCUGGAAAGAGGCCAGAGAUCUUAACCAUUCUCCAAAAUUGUGCAGUUCUUAGUAUAGCCUGCUGUGUAUUCUACAGUCAUUGUGGCAACUGUGCCGUGCUAAGAGAAAGACCUCCUGAACAGAAAAAUUCUAAUUGGUUUUCUCUUUUCAAGAAAGAAGAGAGAAAUACAUUACUUGCAAAGUUUCUUCGAAUGAAUGAGUUGAAAGAUCAGGUCUGCUCAUCUUGGUUUGCUCCAGUAGGUUCUGCUAGUGAUUAUCCACUUUUGUCCAAGUGGGUCAUUUAUGGUGAGUUGGCUUGCAAUGGCUCAUGUUCAGCUUCAUCAGAUGAAAUUUCUCCCAUUUACUCAUUGUGGGCCACAUUUAUUGGUCUUUACAUUGCCAAUUAUGUUGUUGAAAGAUCAACUGGGUGGGCUCUUACUCACCCUUUGUCUGUUGAAGAAGAUGAGAAGUUGAGGAAGGAGCAGAUGAAACCUGAUUUCUUGGAUAUGGUUCCUUGGUAUUCGGGAACAUCAGCCGAUUUAUUCAAGACAGUUUUUGACCUCCUGGUAUCAGUAACUGUAUUUGUUGGCCGCUUUGACAUGCGUAUGAUGCAGGCAGCAAUGACCAAAGUUCAUGAUGGAGCUCAACAAGGGGAUCUUCUUUAUGACCAUUUGAGUGAAAAGGAAGAUCUCUGGUUUGACUUCAUGGCUGAUACUGGUGACGGGGGCAACUCAUCUUAUACUGUAGCUCGACUACUUGCUCAGCCUUCCAUUCAGCUUUCUAGAGGUGAUUCUGUCUCUACCUUGCCACGUGGUGACUUGCUGCUUAUUGGGGGAGAUCUUGCGUAUCCCAAUCCAUCAGCUUUCACAUAUGAAAGGCGUUUCUUUUGUCCUUUUGAAUAUGCUCUUCAGCCUCCAUCUUGGUAUAAACAGGAGCACAUAGCUGCAAAGAAGCCUGAGUUGCCAGAACAGUUGUCUGAAUUGAAGCAAUAUGAUGGCCCUCAAUGUUUUGUCAUACCCGGAAAUCAUGAUUGGUUUGAUGGACUUCACACUUUUAUGAGGUACAUAUGCCAUAAGAGUUGGUUGGGUGGGUGGUUUAUGCCUCAGAAAAAGAGUUAUUUUGCUUUGCAACUCCCAAAAGGAUGGUGGCUAUUUGGCCUUGAUUUAGCACUCCAUUGUGACAUUGAUGUGUACCAGUUCAAGUUUUUUUCCGAUUUAAUAAAGGACAAGGUUAGGGAAAGUGAUUCUGUGAUUAUUAUGACACAUGAACCAAGUUGGCUCCUUGAUUGGUAUUGGAAUGAUGUUUCUGGAAAAAAUGUCACACACCUGAUAUGUGAUUACUUGAAGGGAAGGUGUAAGCUUCGAAUUGCAGGAGACGUGCAUCAUUAUACGCGUCAUUCAUAUGUUUCAUCAGAAGGACCAUCUCAUGCACAGCAAAAUGAAGGUCCAGUUCAUGUGCAGCAUUUACUUGUAAAUGGUUGUGGUGGGGCAUUUUUACAUCCCACCCAUGUCUUUCGUAACUUUAACAAACUUUAUGGAACAACAUAUGAGAGCAAGGCUGCAUAUCCUUCUUUUGAAGAUUCAAGCAGGAUUGCAUUGGGAAAUAUUUUGAAGUUCCGGAAAAAGAACUGGCAGUUUGAUUUCAUUGGUGGCAUUAUAUACUUCAUAUUAGUUUUCUCGAAUUUUCCACAAUGUAAGCUCAAUCACAUAUUGCAAGAUGAUUCAUUUUCUGGUCAUCUGAGGAGUUUCUUUGGCACAGUGUGGAGUGCUUUCCUAUAUGUGGUGGAGCAGUCUUAUGUUUCUUUGGCUGGUGUUGUGUUAUUACUGAUCACUGCAAUUUGUUUUGUCCCUUCAAAAGUAUCUCGAAAGAAACAAGCAAUAAUUGGAAUCCUUCAUGUUUUGGCACACCUAGCAGCAGCUCUUAUCCUAAUGUUGCUCUUGGAACUGGGUGUUGAAACGUGCAUACAGCAUAAACUACUAGCAACUUCAGGUUAUCAUAGUCUAUAUCAGUGGUAUCAAUCAGUGGAAAGUGAGCACUUUCCUGAUCCUACUGGCCUUCGAGCUCGCAUGGAACAAUGGACAUUUGGCCUUUAUCCAGCUUGUAUUAAGUAUCUCAUGUCUGCAUUUGAUAUUCCAGAGGUCAUGGCCGUCACUAGGAGCAAUAUUUGCAAGAAUGGAAUGGAGUCACUCUCCCGAGGCAGUGCUGUUAUAUACUAUGCUUCUGUCUUUCUGUAUUUCUGGGUCUUCUCAACUCCUGUAGUUUCUUUGGUGUUUGGAAGCUACUUGUAUAUCUGCAUUAACUGGCUUCACGUACACUUUGAUGAAGCUUUUUCAUCCCUCCGAAUUGCCAAUUACAAGGCAUUUACGCGAUUCCACAUCAAUUGUGAUGGCGAUCUUGAAGUUUUCACUUUGGCAGUUGACAAGGUUCCGAAGGAAUGGAAGCUAGAUCCUGACUGGGACAAGGAGGUUAAACAGCCACAACAGUUGAGCCACCGUAGAAAAUUUCCUAGCAAAUGGAGUGCAACUGCUGGUCAGCAGGAUCCUGUAAAUACUGUUAGGAUUGUGGAUCACUUUGUUAUUAGACAAACAGAUCAAACUGAUUUCAGAUCAGGUAAUGGAUCGGUUAAUCGCUGAUCCAGUUUUGUUAAUUCUUUUACAGUUAAUUGAAAAGGAUAAGCGUAAGUUCUUUAUCACCAUUUGCUGAUAAAGAUGGAACUAAAAUCAUAGCUGGUUCCAAGUUCCAACAGUGAUGAUAGCUGCAAGCUUUCUUCCCAGAGGUUAGGUUAGUGACCACUCACCAGAUUCACAUGUCAUUUGAUUCAUAGAUGGUGGUGUGCUCCGGAAUGUCAAAAACUUCCAUUAGUCUAUGCAGAAAUAAAAGGUUUUUAAAACC